AACUUAUUAUUGUAACUGAUGAUGCAAGACUUAAAGUUAUGAUGCUGCCUCCACAAGAGGAGCAUGAUCUAUCAUCCACCCUUCCUCAUCUUCAUAUGAAGGCAGAAGUGGUCCUUGAAACUACCAGUAAUUCAUCCAAGCCUGGAUUUCCUGUAGCACUUGGAACAGGAUGUGAGGGAAAAAGCAUUUCUUCUGAUAGUUGUAGUAACAGAUGAUGGAGAGGUGCAUUGUUACACAGAUCAGCUGGAGCUAAUGUGGAGGACUCAGGUUUUCACAGAUCAUGAAACAUCAGGCUCACUAAAUUUUAAGGAAAUUGCUGUACUUGUUAUACCUCAGUCUGGCUUAGUUUUGAUCGGAGGGAUGACUGCUAAAGAAGAACAAGUGCAACACAAUUUAAAACAUGACCAUCAACAUAACUUUUCCGCUAGUUUUAGUGUUGAGGAGAUAGCAAAGCAACCUCCAAGACGCUCGCGCAAUACUAAGAAGGCAACCGAAGAAAAGGAACAUUUUUCGACAUACGCUCUGAACGCGAAAACAGGAAGGACCUACUGGAAACAUGAACCAGGCGACUAUGAAGCCAAGAAAAUGGACAGAGAGGAUAUCCUGUCGGCUUACCAUUUCAAGCUGGCUCUUCAUUCCAGUCAGUACCACGCGGGUGAAAUUCACUGGAGUCAAUACACCGAGUCACUGAUCUCUUCACUACCAUACAGAUGGCAACAUCCCGCUGAUACCACCUUACAAACAGCUCACUUCGUGAAAAGGCAACCCUCGACACUCGCAACUCAAGGGAAAGAACUUAAAACAGGACCUGUGGUAGAAUCGAAAGCAAUAAAGCCAAACGCAGUAGUUAUAAAACGACAAAAGGCCAUUGAGGUGUUAAACAUGGAGUCUGGUCAACCUUUGUGUUCUUACGCUGUACCUAUGAGAACCACAAGUGUUGGUGAUUUGAACGGCGACAAUGUCAUAGAUCACGUGACCACGUACUUUGCCUCGGAGCGGAUAGACCAAUCAGGAAUGAUUAAUCCUUGCUCGGGUGUUGCAGUUUCCGGGUCGAAAUCUUUAUUCAGUAGGUCUAUCUGCCGUACCCCUUCAACGUUCGGUAGUUUCUUUGGCUCGUUCUCCGAGGAAGAUUUACGCGAGGAGAACGUGCUGGUUUCUCCGUUGCUUGUGCCAAGUCCACCUUACAAAAGAGGGAUUUUCAGCCAUUUAUCAGGAGAGGCGUUCAAGCGAGAUAGCAUCAGGAGCUUGGACAGUAUUUUUGUUAUUUCUUCUGGAAGACUAACAAGUUUGGGACCGUUUGGUGAAUUGAAUUGGCAGGUAGACACGGUAACCUCAUGGACGAACUACAAUCCGCCUAAUGACAAAAGUGCAGACGCAGUUCUUGUACCUAACAUUCAAGCUGUUUCUACUGCGGUAGGGGCACAAAAGGACGCUGUCCUGGUAACAGGCUUGAGAGACUUCGCACUAGUCUCUCUCAAAGAUGGCUCGCUGAUGGCCUCUCACUCGAUACCCUGCGAACCGGUGUCUCCUGUUGUGCAAGGAGAUUUUACAAAUGACGGUCUAAUGGACUUUAUUGUAUGCUGUAAAACAAGUUUAAUCGGCUUUUCACUGGACAGUAGACCAGGGUACUGGUGGACGGUAGUCUGGAUCGCGUGUGGUCUGGGGGCGAUUGGAAUGGCAGUACUUAUACUUCGCUUCAUAGAGGAAGUGAUAGUGUGACAGUCGUAGGAGCCCACAGUAUCAGCUGCUUGCGGAGUGUCAGAAAGAAGCCGAGUCCUCGUCUUCUUCCCUAGGCCGGAUUGUUGCGGGAGCAUAGAUUGUGCAAGUAUGUUUCCUUCGUAGCCGUACGUUUGGACUCUGGAAGCGGAGUCGAGAAUGUGUUGCGUAAAAAGUAAAGGUAGAACGUAAUUGUUAAUGACAAUCUUUCGAUGGCUCCUCAAAGACAGCGUCUUCAAAAACACCAAGAAUUUUUUGAAAAUGGACAGCUUUGGAUCGUAAAUUCGUCAUGACAUAGAAUCUAACCGAAUGAAAGAGGAAUGAAAAUUGAACAGACGAACGAACAAAAAAACAACAAGCGAACGGACGAAUAAACGAACUCGUUAGUGAACCCACAAACGGAAUUACGAUGGGCCGAGAAAGUGAACCGACGAAUUACGAAGGGCCGAGAAAGUAAACCGACGAACAUACGAACAGACGAUAAAUCACGAUUAGAGUACACUCUCGAAGUCGUGUUUAGAAUAUCUCGUCUUUAAAGUAGUUUCAUUGUAUUCUUAUUUCGUCGAAUUGCGGCCAUGAAAGUGGUAGAUGCCGCUUCUGUUAAGAGAUAUUUCAUUUCUUAAGUACACAAUUUUUGACGCUUAACAAUUGUUAUGCCGCCGAGAAUUAGACUGAAAUCAUAAUUAAGAUUGAAUGAGAAAGCAAACGCCGGAAAAGCAGAAUUAAAGUUUUCUUGUCAUUAAUAAUUGUACAACUGUGUAAACAAAAUAAAGCUUUCUGCUGACAUCGUCUAAAA